AUGCAUCUGGGAACUAAAACAAGCAGCUGUAAAAUGAGAGCGCGGGAGGGGGUGUCCUGCGAAUACAACACACACAACGGGCCUUCCACGCCGGCGAAGGAGGGAGACGCCGACAGGCCGCACCGGGCCUCCGACGGGAAGCUCCGAGGCCGGUCGAAGCGGAGCAGCGACCCCUCCCCAGCGGGGGACAGUGAGAUCGAGCGUGUGUUCGUGUGGGAUUUGGAUGAAACGAUAAUUAUUUUUCACUCCUUACUCACCGGGACUUUUGCAUCCAGAUACGGGAAGGACACCACGACGUCUGUGCGCAUCGGCCUGAUGAUGGAAGAAAUGAUCUUCAACCUUGCAGAUACCCACCUGUUCUUCAACGACCUGGAGGAUUGCGACCAGAUCCACGUUGACGACGUCUCAUCCGAUGACAACGGGCAAGAUUUAAGCACGUACAACUUCUCCGCCGACGGCUUCCACAGUUCGGCCCCGGGAGCCAACCUGUGCCUGGGCUCCGGCGUCCACGGCGGCGUGGACUGGAUGAGGAAGCUGGCCUUCCGCUACCGGCGGGUGAAGGAGAUGUACAACACGUACAAGAACAACGUCGGUGGCUUGAUAGGAGCUCCCAAAAGAGAGACUUGGCUACAGCUCAGAGCCGAGCUGGAGGCUCUGACCGACCUCUGGCUGACCCACUCUCUAAAGGCGCUCAACCUCAUCAAUUCCCGGCCCAAUUGUGUCAACGUGCUGGUCACCACCACUCAACUAAUUCCUGCCCUGGCCAAAGUCCUGCUGUAUGGACUGGGCUCCGUGUUUCCUAUUGAGAACAUCUACAGUGCAACCAAGACAGGGAAGGAGAGCUGUUUCGAGAGGAUAAUGCAGAGAUUCGGCAGAAAAGCCGUCUACAUCGUGAUCGGUGACGGCGUCGAAGAGGAGCAGGGGGCAAAAAAGCACAACAUGCCCUUCUGGCGGAUAUCCUGCCACGCCGACCUGGAGGCGCUGCGGCACGCCCUGGAGCUGGAGUAUCUAUAGCAGGACCCCCGGCCUCGCCACCUGCCACCCCGGGUGCCUCUCACCCACCCGGGGCCCUCGCCUCCCCCGCCUCCUCGCCAGAUGCCGGACCCCGGGCGCGGGCCCCGCGGCCGAGGGGACGUGCCUGGCGACCGUCUCAGAAGCCGUCCUUGCAGUCCACGUGGGUCCUGAGACGCAGAGUGCCCGGCAGGGGCUUUGGGAUAUUUAACUUUGGAGGAAAGGGCUGGCUGGGAGUCCGGGCUUUUCCACAAGACUCAACGGAACAAAAGCGACUUAUUGCUGAUUUGGGGGAGGGCUGGCGGUGAGGAGGGGGACGGGCUUGGGUUUUACUUUUCCUUUUUAAUUUAUGGACUGAUCUCACUACUCCGGUAUUACGCUCUCGUGCCUGUGUUGUCGGUUUUCUUAGUCGUUGGCUGGGCUUGGUUUUCUAAACUGGCAUGCGGGGCCGUGCAGCUCUAACUGAAGCGCUCUCGGCUCCAAGUUGUGCUUUGGGGGGACAAUCAUUCCUUGAACAAUUGGUGAGGGAGGCGAUUCGGGGCUGAUGGGAAGACGGUUGCUUAUCUUUGUUUUUAAGGACCUAACCUGACGUCAUGUGGACAGUGCACGUGCCUUAUGCUGCCAUCUUGUUUUCUAGGGGGAGGGGACCCUGGGGAGGCGGCGGUACUUUGUGACGGAUAAAAGGCAUUAAAUAAACCCACGUUUACAUUUUGAAGUGGGGUAGGGUGUCGCUACUUUAUGACCACUCUUCUUAAGGCCUCCAUUACGUCUGUUUUAAUAGGCUUUAGUA